AUGUCGGACGAGCAGGACGCGGAGGCCGAGGCCGAGGCCGCGGCGGCCGGCGCCCCCGAGGGCGCUGGGGGCGGGCCGGCGUUCGAGCCGCCGCCCAGGGCGGCCGAGGGGAGCGCGGGCGCCGCGGCGGGGGAGGACACGGGCUGGGAGGCCGUGGCGGAGGCGGCGGAGGACGGGGCCGACGUGGCCGAGCUGCUCGGGAUGGGGGCCGCCGCGUCUGCGCCGGCUGCGCCGUCCGCGAGCCAGGCUGAGGGCGGCGCCUCGAAGGAGUCCGUCGAGGAGGAGGUGGCGCGCAGGGUCCGCGAGGAGUUCGAGCGCGAGGAGAAGCGGGAGGCGGGUCCCUCGAACUGCGCACGGAUGCUCAAAGCGUCCGCGAACCGCGUCAGGGAGAGCGCGACAGGCAAGAUCGCGCUUCCGGCGCCGCUGGAGGCCAAGAUCCUCGACCUGAUGCAGUCCGACAGCGCCUCCGAGGCGGCGACCGAGGACUGUGUGCGGCCGCUGUCGGAGCCGAUCUUCUUCGACGGCGAGCAGCUGCGCGUGUUCAGCAUGCUGAGAUACCCGCCCACCUACCGGCUGAAGGUGAACUCGGCGACGAGGGCCUACGAUCGGCUCUACGAGUCGCACAAGCUGCUCGAGUCCCACGGCUUCGCGCCCGAGCACGUCCGGGCCGCCCUCGAGGCCACCCUGGGCCUGGACCUCCGGGCGGCGCUCGAGUGGCUGGUGCUGACGCUGCCGCCGGGCGCGGUGCCCACCCCGCUGGGAGGCGAGGGGGGCGAGGCCAUCAAGCUGUACGAGGGCGGCAAGUCCAAGAAGCCUUCGAAGAUCCCCGCUGCAGGGGGGGCGGCGGGCGGCCGCCCCGGGAGCCCGCCGCGGCCGCGGCCGCCGGGGGCGGGGCGGCGGAGCCGGAGGCCGUCGCGGGCGCGCCGGCCGAGGGCGCGGAGGAGGGCGCGGAGGGCGGCAAGGACGGCGAGGGCGGCGAGGAGAGUGCGCUGA